CUCCAGAGUUCCCCUUGCCGCUUCCGGGUUGGUGCCAGCUCUGUGGUGGCAGUGGAAUUCCCCAGACAUCACUCGGCAGAUAACGCCUUCGCCAUCCUCCUUCAGGGAAGCAAGAGCUCGGGCUACCAACUCUGGGCGGUAGACCUCUAAGCUCAGCAUCCUGAUUUGGUACCGCCUUUGGGAGGAUGAAUCAGGACAGUGACUUAAGUGAUCAGCCCACUGGCCAGGACCCACUCCUAUUGCUGAAAACCCUUCAGCUUCUCUGGACAAAGAAAGAGAUGAAGAAGCUCAAGGAAGAAAUCAGGCGGGGCUUUGCAGGACUGGAGGACCCACUGGCAGGACUCCUGGACAUGCUGGAGAGCAGCAGUGAUUGGAAGGGGAAAGGGCAUUCCCUCGGGUAUUACAUCACCACUGAGCUGCAGCUUUGGAUAAAAGAGCAUCCUGCUGUUCAACAGUCUGGCAUCAAGCUGAAGAAGCUGCAGGCCCGUGUACUCAGAAUACUAGCCCAGUGCCCAGCUAAUCUUCUUGACCCUCUGAUCAGCAUUUACCAGCUCCAUACAGCAGACCGGAACUAUUUGCUUGGACAUGUCAGUCAUCUUUAUCACAAGGGCGAUUACAAAGAGGCAGCCAUACUGAGUAUGAAGCUAAAAUUACAGCCAGAUCAAGAUGUGGAGAAGAUGUGUACACCGCUACUGCUCCAAGAUAAAACUAACUUGGUGGAAGAUUAUGUGGGAGAAUAUCCUGAGCUCCAGAGCAAGCUCUUGCAGAUCCUGGACACGUGGUGUGAACCUGGUUUUAAUAUCAGAGACAUCACAAGACAAUAUCAAGGCCUGUCCAGGUACAAACCAGAUAAAUUUAACCACAAAAUGCUAAGCAAGCUGAUCUUCAGGCUCCUAGACCGAUUUAACGUAGAUCCAGCUCUCUGCCCUAAUGUCAUAAAUCAGCGGCACUUGAGAACUCUGAAUUACCUCUUUUACAAGAGGUUUGUUGAGAAAGCCAUGACUCAGGAGAAUUGGACAGAUCACGUUCAGAGCACAGUUGGAGAGAAUCGAUGGCUUCAAGGGCACCUGAUACAGUUGCUGAUCAGUUACUGUGAUUUGAACACAGCAGCAAGAUGGGCACAACACUACAAUUUGCCCAAGGAGAUGCUACCUUAUGGAGUGGCUGAUGAGCUUCAAAAGCUUCAGAUCCAAGAGAGGGUAGAAGAAGCCGCAAAAGCAGAUAAUUAUGAAGAGAGGAAGAAGAAGGGCUAUUACCAGCUUCCUAUUCCACGGGCAAAUAUUCACUUCCUGCAGACAUGGGAAGAGACACUGCAGUGCUGGGAAAAGGUGCUGCGGCCUGGGCAGGUUGUUGGCAUUGACAUGGAGUGGAGGCCUUCGUUCGGCAUGGUCGGGAAGCCCCGUGUCUCCCUCCUUCAAAUCGCUCUGAAGGAUGAGGUGUUCCUGCUUGACUUGCCACGGCUCCUCGAGCAAGCUGAGACAGAGGGUGAGAAGGAGAAGCUUCCCCAUUUCAUCCAGAUGCUCUAUUCAGAUGCAGCCAUCACUAAACUAGGUUAUGGGAUGUCUGGAGACCUUAGCAGCCUUGCAGCCACAUGCUCUGCUUUGAAAGACACGGAGAAGCAAGCGCAAGGUGUGGUGGACCUACUCACAGUAGACAAACAACUGCAGAAGAGCUCCAUUGACUGGAAGAAGGGCAGCCGGGAGGUCGAUGUACUGUCCCCGGGGCAGAGCUACGAGGAUAGAGGGUUCAGGCAGCCAGAGAAAGGACUCAGCCUCUUGGUGCAACAUGUGCUGGGGAAACCUCUAGAUAAAACAGAGCAGCUGUCGAACUGGGAGAAACGGCCUCUCCGGGAGGAACAGAUCCUCUAUGCAGCUUCAGAUGCGUACUGUUUGCUGGAGAUCUACGAGAAACUCUGUAAGGAUCCAGCAAGCUUUGGUCUGAGUUCAGACCUGACUGAGAGUCUGGUGGGAAAACUGAGCAUAAAACCCAGGGCAAAGAAGCAGGUGAAUAAACAAGAAGCACCAUCACCUUCUGGACAGCAAUGCAAAGGAUCCAAAAAGGAGACCUCAUGUCCCCCUGCUCCCAUCUCCCCAAAGGAGUUCAGUGUGGUCUGCGAUAACAUGCUGCAAGGCCUCGGGCGCUAUCUUCGCUGCCUUGGUGUCGAUGUCCGGAUGCUGGAGAAUGAGGAUGACCACAGGAAAGCUGCUGAGAUUGCCCAACAGGAAGGAAGAGUCAUUUUAACCUCUGGACUCCCAUAUCAGACUCUGCAGUCCCAGGUAGCAGAAGGAAGGUGUUUCUCUGUGAACUGCUCAGAAAAGGCAAAAGAACAGGCCCUGCAGGUUCUGAAGCACUUCAACAUUCAAGUAUCCCUGGCGGAUAUCUUCAGCCGCUGCCAGGUGUGCAACUGCGACAAGUACCUGAAGGUCUCGAGGGAGAGGAUGAGGCAGCUGGUGGAGGGCAGCAGGCAGGCGCCGGGGGACGGCGGCGCAGGUGAGCGGCCCAGCCAGAGUUGCGAUGCCGCCAUGCCAGCCUGUGACGCAGCCCAGCCCAGUUACACCCCACACAGUGAGUGGCUGGAGGGGCCGGAGCAGCACGGGGCGUGUGGCGCUGCGGGGGGCACGGUCCUGCAGGUCGCCGCCAUCCCCCCCGGGGUGCUGGACAAAGCCGAGGUCACCGACUUCUACUGCUGCACCCGCUGCGGGAAGGUGUUUUGGGAAGGGUCCCAUUUUGGACGCGUCGUCUCCCAGUUUCAGGAUGUUCUUGUCGCCGCUGGGGACGAGCAGAGCAUCUAUGAGCUGAGCUGA